GGUGGGAGAGACCAUCACCCUUCCCCUGGCUGUCUGGGGGGUCCAGGAGGAGGAGACCCAGGCCCAGGACCCUCCCCAGGGAAGCUCUGGCCCCCAGACCCUGCUGGAGGUGACAGACUGCUCUCUCAUCAACCUCCACGUCACCACGUCACCACAGGGGGUAUUCACCCCUCUACCAGGUUCUGUGGGUCCAGGCUCAGGGUUCUGUGGAGGACUCCAGCUGGAAGCAGUGGGACCAGGCCACACCCUCAUCACUAUCACCGUGGAAAUGGAACACUACAACAUCACUUCCAUGGCAACGCUGGCCGCCCACAAUCCCCUCAAGGCCCUGGUUUCAGAGGUGGUCUUGUCUUUGGGUGCGUCUUGCCUCGUCGUCUUCGAGGGGGUCCACAGCCCUGGCCCCUGGUCCCUGCACGUUUCCAUGGCGAUGCCCAGGCUGAGGGAGAGGGGCUGGGCGUGGAGGCUCUCAGCCUAUCAGAGCCCAGGAGAGCCCAGCAGCACACCUACAGGGUCACCUGCCACGCCCUGGGGGAACAGUGGCUGGUGUUCAGCAGUGGGAACUCCCCAGGUCCUCUGAACCAGGAUCCCUCAGUAGAACGGAGCAGAGUGAGAGUAGACUGCAGCGCCCCGGGUUCUCUCUCUCUCUCCCUCCUCCCCUCCUUUCCUCUCUCCAUCCCUCCAUCCUCCCUGUCCCACCCGUGCCCUGAGCCCCACUAUUCUGCCAGUCUGUUGUCUGUGUCCAGUAGCAGGGAUGCUGUGCUGCAGUUAGCAGUGUUUGACCACCGGGGGGUGCAGUUUGACAACUUCAGCUCGUGCUCAGUGAACUGGCUGACCUCUAACUACUCCCUGCUGUCCCUGCCCUCACACACACACAUGGGCCUGGCAGACACACACACACCCAGCGGCCACAGCAAACUGCACGGUCGUCAGGUGCUCCGCGCCCACGAUCUAACAGGGACAGUCACCAUCACUGUGGCCCUCACACCUGCACAGGACUCAUGGGCAACACCGCUGACUGCGUCUGUGCAUCUGAGACUGGUGGAGGACGUGCUGUGGGACAAACGUGCUAUAACCCUCUAUAACCACCCUGACGUCACUGAGAACCUGACAUUGGUUCAGGGUUCAGGACACUUCUUGGUUCGUCUUCAGGACAGAGAGCUGGCCAACAUCACUUACCUGGAGAACAGCAAUGUUGUACAGGUGUCUCCCCUGCGGCCCGGCCUCUCCUCCAUCCUGGCCUAUGACCUGUGUUUGACCUCUGCUGACCCUGCCGUGACCUCCAUCUCCGUGUCUGACAUCACUGACUUCCAGAUAGACUUUGUUGACAUUGUGGAGGUGGACCACAGUGCUCUGGUUCGUGUGCGUGUUCUAGACUCUAACAGGCAACCGUUCCUACAUCGUUACCUUCCUCUGAUGCACCUCAAACUGACCCCCUCCUCACCCAUCCUCACUGUGGAGCCUGCAGGGCCGUUGGACAGCGUCUCCGUAGGUUACCGUGUGUCAGGUCAUACAGUGGGAGUGGUCAGUCUUCACCUGUCUGCAGUGGACAGCAGUGGGAGUGUCCGGACUUCCUCUCACAAACAGCUACAGGUCUACCCCAGAUUCACCCUGCAGCCACGAAGUCUGGCACUGACACUGGGCAGCGUAGGACAGGUGAAGUGGGAGGGCGGCCCCCACCCCCAGUCCAGUGUGGGCUUCUCUGUGAGUGACAGCCGCAUCGCCACGGUGACCGAGACAGGAUUGGUCCGUGGAGUGGCAGUGGGCAUGGUCAAACUCAGAGGGGCAUUGCAGACCGUCACUCAGGACACCGGAGCUCUGCUCACCUUCGCACAGGAUGAGGUGGAUGUGGAGGUGUUUAACCUGACAGGGGUCAGGAUCCAGGGCCCUCUGGUCAAACUGUCUGUGGGCACUGAGAUGCCAGUGUAUGUGAUGGGCAGUGACAGUAGUCAGAACCCCUUUGCUCUGGGCAGUGUAGAGUCUGGUCUCUCCUUCCACUGGAAUCUGGGCAAGCUUGGAGUACUGGAGAUACAAACCCGACACACUCAGUCGGGAGUGACUGUCUCUCCUGCCCAUAGUUUCUCUGUGCUGGUGAGGGCAUGGGCAGCGGGCAGGACCAGUUUGAGAGUGACAGUUCAGCUGGCCAAUCACACGUCAGCCUCCCACCAGCAGCUUUCUGACGAGAUACAGAUACUGGUGUACCAGGAGAUGCAGCUGGCUGUAGGAACCUCCAGAUCCAUCCUCAUGUCUCCCUACUCACACUACGCACUACAGAGCAACAAAGACGCUAUCUGUCCUGUGCGGUACGCCCUGUGUCAGUGUGUGAAAGGGGAGGGUCUUGUAACGGUGGACAGCCAGGGAGUUCUGAGGGCGGGGCCUGACACGGGAUCCGCCCUGCUGGAGGUCAUCGCUAUGGAGACCUGUGGGGUCAACCAGACCCUGCUCAUCAGCGUCCGGGUGUCUCCAGUGUCGUUUGUCAGGCUAUUCAGUGUGUCCAGCCUGUACAGUGUUGGAGGGGGGGGCCUGCCUGCCUUUCCCCUGGGCUGGACCAUCAGAGUCAGGGCUCUCUGCUACGACAACCUGGGACAACAGUUCAACGCCCAUAACACCCUCACACACAUUACCACCAACAGGGAUGACUUGGUGCAGGUGACUCCAGACUCAGACAGUCAUUCCUUUGUGGUCCAGACAGUGUCUGUGGGUUUGACAGUCCUAGGGGUGCAGGCAGACCCCACCAACCCCUCCCUGAGUGAUUACACCCCCUUCCUGUCCUCCCCGCCAUCUCUGCCCCCCCACACAUACUCAGGCCCGGAGACACACUCUGCUUCAACACCCCCCUGACAGGACCGCAAGGCCAGCCAGGUCAGUGGAACGUGUCGUCUAGUCGUGUUCUGCAGAUUGACCCAAAGACGGGAGCUGCUCUGGCAAAGCAUUCUGGGACGGUAGUGGUCUACUACAGACUGGAAGGUGGACAGCAGGCCCUCAGAGAGGUGAAGGUGGACUCUCCAGUCAUCCCAGAACUCUCUCCUCCUGAUGAUCGUUUCCUCACCAACUGGCCUGACGCAGCUGACUACACGGUUCCUGUGGAACUAUACACCUCCCCCUUCAACACAGCCCAGUGUUCCCUGUCCCAGAGGGAGGCCAUAGAGAAGA